AGCCGCUGCGUUAUAUGAACGACACCUUGUAUUGCGCCAGUAAUAACCGACUCUUGACUGCCUUGUUGCAAUACCAUUGACGGUCUUGUAAUUAUUGCAAUAUAAAAACAUCGGAUGGUGACCAAUGCAAGCUCGCUGAGGGCACUAGCCAGCCGCGCGUGUGUGUGACCAGAAGGAUUAAUAUUGAGUCAUCCGUGAUCAGAAGCGUGUGAUCGUGUCUAGUGUUAGCUAGUAAGUGCUAAAGUGUGUGAGUGCGUGUGUUGAGGGAUCAAGUAAGGAAGUGAUCGCGUGCAGGCGAGGGCUCCUGCAGUUGUGUGCAACAUCAUUGCUUGUGGCAGGGAUCACCACAACCACCGCGCGCACCACUCACAGACCUGCAGCGCCAGCACCACCGCCACCACCACCUGCAUGUAUUAGUGAUGGUGUGUCAAGGGUUGAGGGCUCCGGGCGGGGAGGGACAUGAGGUCAUCGGUGAGCGUUAUCCUCUCCAACCCUCCGCCCGACACCACCAUGAGUUACCCAGACUACGGCACCAGUCCCCACCACCAUCAGACCCUCCUGGUGCUUGUCAGACAAGUGGGGUCCCUAUUAAAGAGUCGUUCAUUCCACAAACUCUACGAUCGUAUUAGUCGUGUCGGUCACGUUAAGGUAAGUGAUUCUAACGGGUCCCAACGCCCCGUGUGGGUCUCCUAUCGACGAGAAUACCCUGUGGAGAACAAUGACUGGGGAGACUUCCAAACACACCGACGAGUUCUUGGCAUAAUAACAAUAGGUCAAGUGGGUAGUCAGAGCGACCUUAAUGACAUUUGUAAACAGCAUGAAAGUCUCAAAGUUAAAUACUCAUCUACGUUGUAUGACUCUCGAUGUAUUAUUUUGGGUCUCAACCCUGAUGGCACUAUGUAUGAAGCAGACUCCCGUGGGCCUUCUCGGGGAACCUCUCCAGAACCUAAUGGGGUCCUGGAAUCUGGUACCCACCCUGUGGCUAUUAAUGGACAUACCCACCCAGCACAUGUUAAGAAGAUUUCUGCAGGCAGUACUGAUAGAGACAGUGGUGUAUAUGAGACAGUUAACAGUGAGGAUAAGCCCACAGAUUCUGACAGCCACUCUGAUAGUCCACAGGGCCUCUCGGAAGGCUUAACGGAUAUGAAAAUUGAUUCAAAUCAUGUUAAUGGGUCAGACUCGGGAAGCGAAAGUACAAGUGAAGUUGGGUGUUGUGAUAAAAUAGAUUCUCCACGGGAUUUAACUGCAGAUUCUGCCCCCGAUUCGGUUCAUGAUUCGGCUCACGACACCAGCCAGUCCUCCAUCAGUACCUCGGCAUCCCAUUCAUCAAGGGUGUCCCUCCAGCCUCCUUCUAAUUUUAAAACCCGAGCUCUCUUCUAUCCAACUAGUGAUCAUGCUGUGAAUAUUGAAAGUCAGCUACAAGAGUUUGUUAGUUCUUUAUUUUGGGUACUUGAGUCAAAGCGCCUUGAUAAAAGUCAAGAAAAAUUGGAACGACCUCCACUUCUCUGUGCUCCUUUUGAACGCAAGGAUUUUAUUGGUUUGGACAUGGAUUCACGCACCAAUAAGAAGCGGUGUGUAGGCCGGUUAAGAAAACAGCUAGCUGACCUGACACUACAAGCAAGUUUACCUACAGAGGCUAUCAUGCAUUACGGUUUUGCUGCGGACACUCUCCGAAACUGUAAUGAUUGGCUUUGGCUUGCUGCUUGUUUUGAGGGCCUUUGUGCAGCUUCAGUUGUGAUGCUUUACCCCAACUUACGUCGCAGCUCUGGCCUUCAACGAUUCUCCAGCCUUGGAGUUGGGGGCAGUCAAGGGGGCUCGGGCGGCAUCGGCAGUAGAAGUCGCAAUGGCUCUGUAAACACAAAUUCCUUACCAACGGGACUUGAUCCCACUGUAGUAAAACAGACCAGUAAACAUUGCCUUUCUCCAGAUGAGAUUGUUGAUAAAUAUCGGGAAGCUAUUGUCCAUUAUAGUAAGUAUCGGAAUGCCGGGGUGGUGGAGACGGAGGCUAGUAUCAAAGCCGUACAUGUACUGAUUGAACAGAGACGUUACCUCAUGGCUGCAGAAUUUCUUUCAAAUGUGGUCUUCAUUAACCUCCAGCUCUCAGAUGAAGAGAAAUGUAUCAACUUGCAGAUUCUACGUUUCAAUGCUCUGGCAGAUCUCUAUCACCAAAUAGGAUUUCAUCGAAAAGCUUCAUUCUUUCGACGUGUUGCUGCAAUGAGGUGUGUGGCACCUCAGAAUCAACAACCAGACUGGGGUCAGUGUUAUCGACUCUUGCUACAGACACUGGAGGGAUACAAAGUUUGCCUUGAUCCUUUAGAAUUCAGAAAAGAUGGUAGCCAGGGUUGGCCUUCAUUACAAAUUCAAAUUCUGCAGGAGCUAGUGGGUACAUCACGAAGAAUGGGUCACAAUGCCCUCUGUACACGUCACCAAGCAUUCUUGGUUUGUGCAAUGAUGCCACACUUAAGUGACGUAGAGCGACAAGAAACGUCAAAUAUGUUAGAGAGUCUCGGUGCAAGAAGUGGGAGUGGCCCUGCACCUCUUGUGGUGCAGGAGACUGGUAUUAUCAUACCACCAGUCAAUUUCCUCAACAUACCUAUCUGCAGAAAACUACGUGCAACUGCUCCUGUAACGGGUAGAAGAGCAGAGAAAAAACUCUCCCUAACUGGCGAUGAAGAUUCGGGGCCAUUUAUCUUUUCCCCCUUUACCUCCCUUACUAGCAGUAAUGACCGUCGUGCUCAUGGCAAAAUGGACUUUGAGUGGGUGGAAGGAGAUGUGUGUGAGAUCUGCUUGGACCUGGAGAAUCCAAUGCCCUUUGAACUGAAGGUUACUAACAUGAUGCUGAUUACUGAAGGAGUUCAGUUUGAGUCUUGGGCUUCAACAAUUGUAUUAAAAGCAGAGAAAAAUAUUCAGACAGUGACCCUGCGAGGAAGACCACAGAGUCCUGGGGAAUUGAAAGUUACAGGUUACUCCUCUACAGUUAUGGGAGUUACCAGUAAUUGUCGCUUUAAGUUCAUGCCCCAUUUCAAGAUACCACAGUACACAAUUAUUAUUGUACCUGCACUACCAUUAAUACAGAUACUGAGCAGCAACAGUAGCCCAGGAAGCUUAGGUGCUGAGAGGCCACUUGGUGAAGAGUGUGGAAACUUACACUUGUCGUUGUCUGCUGGAGAAACACACGAGUGUUCUGUGAUGCUCCACAAUGUGUCCUCCCAGCCAGUGGAAGAACUUACUAUUACUCUCGAGUCAAAAAUGGACAAGGAACUGUUGAGCCAGGUUUUUCAGUAUAGUGAGGAAAACAUUCAUGCCCAACUUCCCAUCCCUCCGGGUGGUAAGGCCUCCUUGACGCUUUAUGUCUAUGCUGUGUCUGACUUCCUGUGCCCUGGUCGCCUGGAUGAAUCCCUGGAAACUACUAGCUUGAUAUCUGGCAGUGAACCACCAUCACUUAUAUCAGGUGGACCUUCCUCCCUACCUUCCAGACAGUCUGUGGCUACCUCAAGUACCCGUGGGGCACGCACACGCCGGACAGACUCAUCUGCAUCAUUAUUAUCGUCUCGCUCGGGAUCAAGUGCAAAAUCUGGCUCAUCAUCAUCAACCCAAGCUCCCUCGUCGAGUGUUAGAACUCGAGCUACACUCGAUACCCCUGGUUGUACAGGAAGAACCCUAGAUGCGACCUUGAUGGUAAAAUAUUCUGGUGGGUCAGGAAUGAGUGCCGAGUACUGCCGUAGUACUCAGUUGGUGAUUAAUGUUGAGGUGACGCCUUCACUGCUUGUGACUAGAUGGGAUGUUCUUCCUGCUGAAUUACCUCACCAGUGCUAUGUAGUGCUGGACCUCCUCAAUUGUGCCUCUAAUGAGAUGGACCUGCACUAUACACCGACCAAACAUAUUCUCAUAGAAGCUGGUGAUUCUUGUAGGGUUCCUGUUCCUGUUGACCGAUGUCCCCUUGCUACGCUCACACAGGAUGCCAGUGAGAGUGGCUGGGGUUGGUCAAGAGUCCUUGGUGGUCAUGUUGCCUCUCUGGUCGAGCUGCAGUGGACAUUAGGCCCCCAUGACACUCCUGGUCGAGCAUCCCUUGCUGGCAUCACCUUCCCGCCAUCCACUCACGACCUCAUUACCAUGGCUCCCAUACAUUGGGAUGUUCAAGUAGAUGGGCAAGACGUACUUGGCGGAACAGAAAACAGUGGAGUGGUUGGUCGCACACUAGAAUUAAGAGUUGGAAUAACCAAUACUAGCGGGGCUCCACUUCCCCCACUCAGCCUUCGCCUUACUGCCUUUCAGGACCAUCAAAAUGGUCACCUAAAUUAUCGUCUUGAAGCCAAGAUGACCACCACAGGUGCUGCAAAGUUGACAACACCUCAGUUAGCCGAGGGUGAAGAGUUCCGGCACUGUUGUGGGCUUGUGUUCUUCACGGCAGGAGUGUACAAAGUGGAAGUGACUUGCUCUCCGGCAGCAGCAGUUGCCCAAACAUCCUUUUAUGAGAACGUCACCCCAGCACACCAGCAUGCUUGGAAGUUUGCUCCUCCAUUAGAGAUAACAGUGACUGAUGUAUGAUUAUGGUGCUAUGUUUCAGAGAAACUUUGUUUAAUAAAUAUUUAUGAAGAAAUAUAUUGGCCAAAAUUUUGGAUUAAUUCCUUUUAAUCGAGAGUGAUUUAAAGAAAUGGGUCAUAAGUAUGGUGUUAAUUAAGAAAAGAGAAUUACCCGAGUUAAUAAUGAGUACAAUGCACAUUAACACGCAACAUCGCGAUCUAUGAUACACAAAAAUCAUUCACUUCUGUAUAUUAAGUGCUUGCAUUCUGACUUGAAAUGUGUGCUGCUAUUCAGAUGACCACAUACUUUUUGGAUGCUUCUGGCCUGAGAAACAGCCAAGAAACAUGUCCAAAAGAAUAGUUCAUCAUGUGAAAAUCUAAGGCAAUUUUAUUAUUAUUACCAAACAUAGAAAUUAGUUGUAAGUACAGUAUGCUCAAUGAAUUUCCCAUGGCACAAAGUAUGUUAUAAUUUUGCUUUCCCCUGAAAAUCUGUAAUAACUUGUUCAAAGCAAUUCUAAAGACUAUGCCUUCAUAACUUUUGUUCCACCCCCUCCCUCACCCCCCACAUUUUCCCAAUUUUCCUCAUUGAGCAAAAUAUUUAAUUUCAACCAGUCAAUGGUGUAUGAGUGUUUCUUAAUUUUGCUGAUUAUAUUCUGGAAUAAAAUACUGUAUGAUGAAAAUGAACACUCAAUUGCCUCAUUAAAAAUACAAACAUAUCUAGGUCGAGGAGCUGUGAUGGUCAUGCAGACACGAGGCAUUGGUGUAGCACCUAGGUGGCCACUAGGAAAACUAUGCCUCUUCCUCCUGGCCAUGCCUCCCUGCCCCUCACUCUCACAAACGUGUAGCAAUAUUUCACUCGGAUCAGUUGCUCUAAUACUUAUCGGUAACUAUUUGAACUACCCAUAACAAUGAGAAAGCGAUAUUUCAGGACAAGUUGUGUCCAGAAAGCAUGUGGUUGUCCGUAGGUACAAAACUUUGCAACUUAUCAUACAGGGUGCUAGACUUACUGCAGGUCAUAUGGUAAUGUUUAUCUAAUUUAAGCAUUCCUGUUGUACAAUAUCAGUAUUAUGACUGUGGUCUUCCUUUUGGAGCAUCACGUGCGUGGUAUUCUUAAUUUUUGUUUUCUUUACUGAAAUUAAUUUUGUGUUAAAUCUUCAAAAAUUGUGAAAUUGUGUAAUUUUCCACAUUAUAAAAUGAUAUUCAGAUUACUACUGGAAGUAAACAUGUAAUGUUAACACACCUCUGAUUGUUAUCGUGCUCUUAUUUAUUAUUCAGAAUGUGCCAACAAGUGCACUCUCAUUGAAAGCUAGACAGUUUAGCUCAUGUAGAGUAUGAGUGUAAUUGAAGUCAACGAGUAACUUUGUUCUCUCCACAUUUUCCCUCUAAACAUUUAGCUACCUAAUCAACCAGUAUAAUGGGGACUGAAAUAAUUUAUGAAGUGUGUGGCUAUGUGCAGUGUGUGAUGGUUAUUUAGGCUGUACAUAAAGUUUGUUAAGUGCUUACUUUAGAGAGAAUUAUCUUGACCGGAGUGUCAGGUGUGUACAGGGAUUGCUGUUGAAAAUAGUAAUUUUUAUACAAAGUAUAUAAACUGCAUUAUUACAACCAAAGUACCAUAGUGAUAUGUAUAUUAGACAUAUAAUAUACUGUAUAGCAGUGUUGAUGUAUCAUAACUUUACUGAUUUAAUAUGUACAACAGCACAACAUUUGUGCAUUUCGAACUUUGUGAUAUGUAAAAUAUUGUGUAUAUGAUAAUGUAAAAAACAAUUUCAUAAUCUUGAGUCUUUUAGUUGUUGCUUAUUUUCUCUUCUCUUCAUUGCAAUAAUUGAUAUGCAUCAGGCUAUACAAUUCUGAAGUUUUCCAAACUUGCUUAUUCAGAUGUCAUGUUUUCCUCUUAAUCAUUGAUGGACUGUUCUAAUUUGACCCUCUUUAGUCUUGUAAAUCACCCUUGAUGCUAUAAAACAUACCAGACACUUC